AGUACCCCUGCCCAAUUUCACGGAUUCUGCUUCCUAAUUUUUUUAUACUUAUACUUCCCAUUUCGAUAUUUUCUCCAUCAUAUUAUUGUUUCUCCAAAUUUCAAUUAAUUAACACACAAGAAAUUGAUAGAGAGAGAGAGAGAGAAAACAUAAGAAGAACAAAAAGUUCAUUAUGUCGGACGCUUUGAUUAAUGGACUCGCCGGUGCCGGUGGUGGUAUCAUCGCUCAACUCAUCACGUAUCCUCUCCAGACCGUAAAUACGCGGCAACAAACGGAGAGGGAUCCGAAACGGGAGAAGAGGAGGCAUGGAACUAUUGAACAAAUGAUCCAGGUCGUAAGGCAUGAGGGUUGGGAUCGGCUGUAUGGAGGCUUGACUCCAUCUCUGGUCGGCACAGCUGCAUCUCAGGGUGUUUACUAUUAUUUCUAUCAAAUAUUUAGGAGUAAGGCUGAAGCUGCAGCACUUCAACGAAGGAGAAAUGGUGUAGGUGAUGGAUCAGUUGGGAUGUUCUCAUCACUUGUGGUGGCUGCUUUAUCCGGCUGCGUAAAUGUUUUGCUGACUAAUCCUAUUUGGGUAGUUGUGACCAGAAUGCAGACUCAUACCAAGAAAUCAGGAAAUUGUCAACCUGACUCUACUUCAUCAGGGGAUACUAUUCUUGCUGCUCUAGAACCUCCUCCAUUUGGAACUUGCCAUGCAAUCCAAGAAGUCUAUGAUGAAGGUGGAGUUUGGGGAUUCUGGAGAGGUGUUUUUCCGACGUUGAUCAUGGUCAGCAAUCCUUCAAUACAAUUUAUGCUGUAUGAAACCCUUUUGAAGAAGCUGAAGAAACGUCGUGCAUCAAGCAAGAAAGGUAGCAAUGAUGUGUCCGCUUUGGAGGUUUUUUUGCUUGGAGCUGUGGCAAAACUUGGUGCUACGGUUGUAACAUAUCCUCUUCUUGUUGUGAAGUCUAGACUUCAAGCAAAGCAAGUAGCCAGUGGAGAUAAAAGACAUCAUUAUAGAGGGACCUUGGAUGCUUUCAUCAAGAUGAUACGUUAUGAAGGGUUUUAUGGAUUUUACAAGGGGAUGGGCACGAAAAUCGUACAGAGCGUUCUUGCUGCUGCUGUUCUAUUUAUGGUCAAGGAAGAGCUUGUAAGGGGGACCAGAUGGUUAUUAACGAAGGAUGCCGUCAAAAUGGUGAAGUCAAAGCCUUCAUCGUGAUUCUUCUUGUAUGGGAUUCUCGCCAACGUGUAUCUUCGUAAAUCAUACGUUUGCUUGCUGCAAAUACUUUCGGAAAGAUGAUUCUUGUAUUGUAUUGGGUAGAACAUAUAUAUUUUAAGGAAAAUAAAAUAUGUUUAGCCUGUUUUAGCACUUAUGUCAGAUAUUUUACCUUGUAAUCUUUUCACCAAUGCCUGACAGAUGAUUGAGCGAUGUGUCACAAUUAUUCAGCUAUUAAUCUCACUGGAUUGAUUGAAAA